AUGGCGAAAACGCCAACAUCAACAUCAGACAGCACCACCGCGCCGCCGCCCUCAGCCAUCGAGAUCGUCGACUGGGACGGCCCCUCCGACCCCACGAACCCAUUCAACUGGCCCUUAGGCAAGAAAUGGCUCGUGACGUUUCUCGCGCUCCUCGCCAGCUUCAGCACGAUGCUCAACGGCACCAUGAUCACGGUCGCGCACGAGGCCAUCAACGCGCGCUUCGGCGUCAGCGACGCCCGCUUCCCGCACUCCUACUGGCCCGUGACGGCGUGGGCGGCGGGCGGGGCGCUGUUCUCGCUGCUCGUGCUGCCCAUCAUGGAGGACUUUGGGGUGCGGCGCGUCUUCCUGGGGACGUACGGCGUCUUCCUCGCCUUCAUCGUGCCGCAGGCCGUCGCGCAGAACUUCGCUACGCUGGUCGUCUCCCGCUUUUUUAGCGGCGGCUGCGUGUCCAUUCUCGCGAACACGUCGGCCGGCGUCAUCGGCAAUGUGUGGGAGGACGAGCGCGGCCGCACCCUCCCCAUGACGCUGUACAUCACCGUGUACCUCGUCGGCAGCAGCAUGGGGCCGGUCAUUGGCGCCGCCGUCUUCGCCUCUCUGUCCUGGCGCUGGAUCUCGUACGUCCAGCUCAUCGUCUACGGCGCGCUGUUCAUCGUCUACGCCGCCCUGUUCCCGGAGAGCAGGGGCAGCGCGAUCCUCGGCCGGCGGGCACAGAGCCUGCGCAACAGCGGGCGGAACGCGUUCACGGCCGCGGAGGCCGACGCGGUACCGCUCCCGAGGCUCAUGCUCGACAGCGCGAAACGCCCCCUGCAAAUGCUGGUGACGGAGCCCGUCGUGCUCGCCGCCGCGCUCAUGGCCGCGCUCAUCAUCGGGCUGAUCUACCUAUUCACGCAGUCGGUCGAGCAAGUCUUCGUCGGGCUCUUCCACAUGACCGCCAUCGAAGCCGGGUACGUGCAGUCGGCCGUGAUAAUCGGGGAGUUGGUCGGGGGGCUCGGGGCGCUCGUGUCCGCGCGCUUGUAUUUCGCGUCCGCAAAGCGCAACACCGAGAUCCCUGGCGUGCCGAUCCCCGAAGCGCGGCUGUACCUGGCCGUCGUCGCGGCGUUUGCGGGCAUGGCCGGCGGCAUGUUCGUGUACGCGUGGACGUCGGUUUCUUCGCUGCCGUGGGUGGCGCCCGCGGUCGGGCUGGCCAUGGUCGGCGCCGGGAACGUCGUCGUCAUUAUUGGCGUCGCCGACUACCUCGUUGACGCGUAUGCCAAGUACGCGGGCAGUGCGAUUGCGGCUGUCACGCUGGGCGAGAACCUCUCGGCUGCGUUUUUGCCCCUCGCGGCCCAGAGCAUGUAUACCAACUUGGGGUAUCGCUGGGCGAGCAGCUUGCUCGGCUUUAUUGCGCUGGCUCUGUCGUUUUCGCCUGUUGUGUUGGUGGUUUGGGGACGCAAGAUUAGGGCAAAGAGCCCGUUUAUGAAGGAGGCGACUAAUGACAAGAAGAAGGAGUCGGAGGUUUCUAAGGUCGGAUAG